CAUUUAUAUCUCUCACAUUACUUUUUCCUCUUCAUCUUCUUCAUUUUUCUCUUGAAAUUACAGCGAAAUUACGCUCUGAUCACUUCAUUUUCCUCUUAAAAUCACUCUUAAUUCUCCAUUCUUUAACGUGAUCAACCACCAUUUUUAUGAUCUUCAUCAGAGUUCUGAUCAUUGAUCGUGACUAAAAAAAGGGGAAAAUUCUGAUAGGAACCGAUGCCUGAUAGCAGUAAUAACAAUAAUUAUAGCAGUAGCAGUAAUAAUCACAGGCAGGUUAAGAGCAAUGCUGUUUCAAAUCAAUCCCCUGAUAAUAUUGAAGAAGGAUUUUGGCGGUUGAAAAUCCAUGGCAACGAUGAUCAGGGUGAUCUAGCUCCGUCUAGUCCAUACCCAGAUCGUCCUGGUGAGCCGGAUUGUGUAUACUAUCUGAGAACUGGAUUAUGUGGUUAUGGAACCAAUUGUCGUUUUAAUCAUCCUCCUUAUGCUGCACAGGGUAAUCAAUUUAAAGAAGAACUUCCAGAAAGAGUUGGCCAACCUGAUUGUGGAUAUUAUUUAAAGACAGGGACCUGCAAAUAUGGAUCAACUUGUAAAUAUCAUCAUCCAAGUGAUAGAAAUGGUGCAGGACCGGUCUCAUUUAACAUUGUAGGUCUUCCUAUGCGGCAGGAUGAAAAAUCAUGUCCAUAUUAUAUGCGGACUGGAUCAUGUAAAUUUGGAGUUGCAUGCAAGUUCCACCAUCCUCAGCCUGCACCACUUGGAGCUGGCUUACCUGUAACUGGACCAUCUGCCACUGGACCUAUGACUUCAUCAAAUACGCCUUCAUCAGGUCCUCCUUAUGUUGGUGGGUUGCCAACUUGGUCACUACCAAGAGCACCAUAUGUGUCUGGCCCUCGUUUGCAGGCUCCGCAGACUUACAUGCCUGUUGUUGUUUCUCCUUCUCAAGGUGUUGUUCCAGCACAAGGCUGGAACACCUAUGUGGGAAACUUGAGCCCCAUGUCUUCAGCUGGUGUUGUGGGAUCUGGUCUUGCAUACAACUCAAGGAAUCAACGCGAGUCCGGAUCUAGUGGACAAGUACAUAUGUUAUCAACAGAAAGUUCUAAUCUCCCCGAGAGACCUGAUCAGCCAGAAUGCCGUUAUUUUAUGAACACUGGGUUUUGCAAAUAUGGAUCUGACUGCAAGUACCAUCACCCAAAAGAAAGAAUUGCACAACUAGCAACAAAUUCUGUUGGCCCACUUGGUCUUCCCUCCAGACCUGGGCAGCCUGUAUGUUCAAACUACAGCAUGUAUGGAAUUUGUAAAUUCGGCCCCACUUGCAGAUUCGAUCAUCCUUUCCCAGCAUAUCCAUAUGGUUACGGUUUGAGCUUGCAGCCUUUGUCUAUAUUUGACUUAUCACUCUUAAAUUAUCCGAGAAUAUCUCCGCCGACUCUUUCAACCGAAAGUGGCGUCUCCCUAGUAUCUAAAUUUCCUGAUUGGGUGCAAAAUCCUGAAAAUGCAACCCGUAAACAUCAGAAUUCAGACACUAAUAUUAAGAUAUCCGAAGAUCAAUCUGAGCAGGCUGAUUCUCCACCACCGCACUCCUCACAAGCUUCUUCAGAACCAUCGCAUGAUUGAUUUUGAUUUCGUCGAGACCACGUGUUUCUGUUUUCUGUUGAUACUUUUCGGAUAAUUGGUACUUUCUAAAGGAGAUUUUUGAGACAUGUAUGUACCUCAUGCCCCACCUUUUCACCUGUGAUUCUGCGGAGUGUGGUAGGUUGUUUUGAAAUGAAAUGUGAUGAGCAAAAUCUGGGGGGUCAUGGGGCAUUUUUUUGUUGUGAAUAAAAUGCAGGUGAAAAUUUGUAAUAUUUCUUGGAUAUGCUGAUAUGAUAUCCAUCUGCAAUGAUAAAGAUUUUUGCAA